AUGGCACACAACCAGCAGUUUCCAGCCAAGACCUCCAUCAUCAAACUCGAGGAGCAGGACUUUUACUCCUUGCGGGAUCAUUGCCUAAACAGAGGGCUGCUGUUUGAGGAUGAGACAUUCCCUGCCGAGACUUAUUCCAUAGGUCUGCAGCUCCUCAAGGGAAAAAACCUCUCCAACCUAAGCUGGAUGCGGCCAAAGGAUUUAUUGAAGGGUAAAUCAGAGCCUCUCUUCAUCCUGGAAGGUGCGAGCAGAUUCGAUAUCCAACAAGGAGAGGCAGGGGACUGCUGGUUCCUGGCAGCACUGGGGGCCUUGACACAGAGUCCAGGGUAUCUGAAGAAGAUCCUCAUAGACCAAAGCUUUUCAUGCCAGUAUGCGGGGAUUUUCCAUUUUCAGUUCUGGAGGUGUGGCCAGUUGGUGGAAGUGGUCAUUGACGAUCGCCUACCUGUCCUGAACAACGAGUACCUCUUUGUCAAACCUCGCAACAAGCGAGAGUUUUGGCCGUGCCUGCUGGAGAAGGCCUACGCCAAGUUUCAUGGGUCCUAUGCCAACCUGCACUAUGGCUACCUCCCCGAUGCCCUGGUGGACCUCACGGGGUGGGUGGUCACCAACAUCAGCCUGCACUCAUCCCCGCCUGACCUGAUGAUGCUGGUGAAGACGGCAGCGGAGGCAGGCUCUCUGAUGACCUGCGGCACCCUGGCCGGGCCCAUAAGCGAGUCCGUGAGGAUGGAAAAUGGACUGGUGAGCCGGCAUGCCUACACGGUGACUGGCGCUGAGCAGAUUGAGUACAGGAGGAGCUGGGAGUAUCUUAUCCGCCUGUGGAACCCCUGGGGCAAGACUGAGUGGAGAGGGCGCUGGAGCGACCGGUCUCCGGAGUGGCAGGAAACCCACGACCAACGGAAAAGCCAGCUGUAUGAGGAUAAGGACAAUGGCGAGUUUUGGAUGUCAUGUCAAGAUUUCCGAGAUAACUUCUUCGGCCUGUUUAUAUGUAACCAAGUUCCAAUCAGCCUGGACCAUGGAAGCAUGCUCCAUGAAAGAUGGUCCCAAAUGACGUUUAAGGACCACCUAAUUCCAGGAAACACUGAAGGGCACCAGAGGGCCAUGCAAUACAUCUUCUCUGUGCCAGACAGCAUGGAAAACAGCAACGUCAUCAUGUCCUUCAACGCUGGGCCACGAAAUAUAAAGGCAAAAGACAGGACAUUUCCAGUGAAGUAUGAGGUGUUCAAGGUCGACUAUCAGUUCCAGCACUUCCAAGACAGAUUGCCAUCCACCUUCUUCUCCAAAUUCAGGAUUGCUGAGAAGGGCAUUGUGUCUGAAACCACGUGCAACCUCACAGAGUACUUCAGUCUGAGCCCUGGGACCUAUGUGGUGGUCGUCUCCGAGGGCAGAGAAGCUGUUGAAUUCUUGCUCCGAAUCUUCCUGAAGAUGCCAGACAGUGACAGGAACCUGGAUGGCAGUCUCAACCUGAUAGCCCUGCAGGCAAGUCUUCCAGGAAAUGGCUCCCAGCAGAGCAUUUUCUACAAGUAUGCUCAGCAGGGGCUGGACAUUGAUGCUACGCAGCUUCAGAGCCUUCUCAACCGGGAAUUCCUAAGAGGACCUCCAGGGGACGCGUUCUCCUUGGACGAGUGCCGCAGCAUCGUGGCUCUGAUGGAUCUGAAGGUGAACGGGAGACUUGACCAAGAGGAGUUUUCAAGGCUGUGGAGCCGCAUUGUCCACUGCCAGAGUGUUUUCCAGAACUCCCCAAAGAAUGCUGGCAUUUUCCUCAGCUCAGAUUUGUGGAAGGCCAUAAAGGACACAGACUUCCUCGCAGGGAUCUCUGUCACCAGCGAGCUGCUGGACCUCAUGAAACUCCGGUACAGCGACAGCACUGGCAGGGUCAGCUUCCCCAGCCUGGUCUGCUUCCUGAUGCGGCUGGAAGCCAUGGCAAAAGCUUUCCGGAACCUCUCCAAGGAUGGAAAAGGACUCUACCUGACAGAAAUGGAGUGGAUGAACCUGGUGAUGUACAACUGA